GGGACGGUGUGUAGCGGUCAAAGACUGCCCCACGUGCGCCGCAGCACUCGUGUAUCAAGUGAAAUUAUACUGCGUACGGCAAUCAACCGCUUCGCGCUGUCGCUGCGCCGGUGCUUUGAGCAAUACUACUCACUGCACACACCUAGCUAGCUGCAGCAAAGGACUUGCAUAAGCCCAGCAGCUAAGUGUACUACGAGCAGCAUUGCUGCAGCAGACAAGAUGGAACAGCGCCAAAUCACCGGCCUCACGAGCCGCCCCGAACUGAACGGCGCCGUCGUCGAGAUCUUAGGCCGCGACGCCUCGACGGGCCGCCUGCGCGUGCGCAUCGUGGGUCGGCCAGAACUUGGAGCGAUGGCGCUGAAGCGCGAGAAUUUGACGCAACUGAGCUGGGCGAACACGGCCAAGCAAGCAUUUUCGAGGCUCGACGUGAACGAGCUGCGGCAAAACGCCAGGUACUUUUGGUCGAAACCUGCCGCAAAGGUCGCGCUGGCCGUCCUCGCCAUUGCAAUCGUCUCCUCGCGGCGACCCGCGGCCACGCCGGCACCACGGCGCCGGACGCCGUCGGCGCGCGAGCGCGAGUGCUACGCGCUCGGCUACGUCGACGCGCUCAAGAAGCGCGACUACGGCUCUUCGAUUGGUGCCAACGACGCCGAGCACGACGACCUCGUCGAGGCGACGCUCGAGGACCUGCCGCCGGAAGCGCAGGGCAUCCGCGACCAGUGGAUUUCACGCUCAGGUAUUGGUCGCAAGGAGGACGUGAGGGCGGCGGCGGAUUCAUGA